CUGUUUGAACUGCAGCACACUUUGAGUUUCAUUUUAAAAGAAACAUACGCACUCCCACUCUACAUGGAUCUCGUCGACGGGCUCGUUCCUUUGCUGAGACAUGCACUCAGAGUAAAGUGACUUUGGAAACAAAACAAAGCCCUUUUAUUUUUUUGAUUUUUUUUUUAGGUGAAGCAGACUCGUCGUUUACAGCCAUGGUCCCUGUGGAUUUGCGGGCGCUCACUCAGCCCGUGGGUAUCAUGAGAAUAAUAUCGACCGUCCUCACUUGCAUGUCUUUUAGCCUGGCUGGGUCUGUGGGAUAUGUCACGUCUCCGUACUGGGCGUGGUGCAUGUUCACCUGGUGUUUCUGCUUCUUCUUCACCCUCCUCAUCCUCAUCCUGGAGUUCACCACCGUCUCUUCGAAGCUCCCGUUCGCGUGGAUGGACUUCACCACCGGUUUUGCCAUGCUGGCGAGCCUCAUGUGCUUCGCCUCCUCCAUCAUCUACCCCACCUUCUUCACCUGCAAGGUCUGCCACCGUCAGAUCGGAGCGUCCGUGGUGUCCUGGGUGUGUUUCGCCGUGUACGCAGGAGAAGUGGUCUUGACCCGCCUCCGUCCGAGCGGGGAGCACAUAGGUUUCCUUGCCACGGUGCCGGGCAUCAUGAAGAUGUUGGAGACGUUCCUCGCCUGUCUCAUCUUCACGUCGCUGGAGACGAAUCAGUACUCGAACGACCACGCCCUGCAGUGGUGCGUCGCCGUGUUCUCCCUGUGCUUCAUCUUUAACAUCGUGGUCAUCGUGCUCACCAUCGGGCCGUUCGCCUCUUACUUUCUGACCUCCUUUGACAAAGUGGUUAUCGUUUAUAAUAUUCUAGCAGCAGUGAUGUACGCGACGGCGAUGGUCAUCUGGCCACUGUACAGUUUCAAAACAAAGCGACCCGUUAACUGUGGACACCUCUGUUCCUGGGACAAACUGGUGAUGGUCACCUUCAUGACCAUCUUCAACUUUAUCGUUUACACACUGGACUCUGCCUACUCCAUCUGCCUCGUGUUCUUUGUCAGCCACCAGUGACACUGCUGCUUCAUGAAACAAGAACUGGGAACAAAAAUGAGUCCUGGGUUUGACUUUAUGUGGAUCUGAAGUUUGAGGGUUUUUAUACUUUUUAACAAAAGGUUAUGAGUUCCCCUCGAGUUGAUUUGUGUUGUUGUGGAUGGGAUGCACAACAAACUGUGUAGUCUGCUCAUUCUUUGGAUCAAUACAAGGAGAUUCACGACAAUGUUCCUGCUCAGUUUAAUGUGGAAAUAGAAGUAGAGUUAGGUAAUGAUUACAACUUAAUCACUGUCGUAAAAAAAUUAAAAAUAGCCUUGAAGAACUUUGGAUCCUGAUACACAAAGAGUCAUCAAACAGUGCAGGAGAUUAAACUGAGCUCCUAUUACUCGGGUUAUGUCAGUGAUAUUGUGCAUCUU